AUCACCUCGGAAGCACAAGCAAGCAGGGAAAAUAGAGUAUUCGUCACAUUGAUGCAGUAUACCGGCAAUAUUGACAUCAUUAUUGGAUCUAUAAUUAAUACAUUUAUUUAUUCUCAAACACUUCAAAUCGUAUGGCACUGUCAUUAGAUGCACUGUCAUUAGAUGGAUGCGCCAGCUCGCUAAUCCUAUACGGAUAAUUAUAACGGACUAGCUAGCUAGCUGAAUCUGAAUACUAGUUACAAGCAACUGCAACUUUUGUUGUCAAAACAGCAGAGAAACUUGUGAGUGAAAACCACUGUGCAGCAUUCCGGGAAGAGUCUGAAACCGUCAAUUGUGAAAAUGACACAAAAAAGCUGCAUUGACUCAUUUUUGUCGAAUGAAGAGGACGCCCGCGCAAUUGAAGACGCGAUUAAGGCAGCGAUAAAAACCGUCAUGUAUGUUUUGCGCAACAUAAACGACAACAAAAUACGUGAAUAUAAAAUGAUGGUGGCCCAGAGGGACAGAGAGAACGAACGACUGCGAAUGCAAAUGAAGUCCGCGGAACGGGAAUUGAUAUCACUGCGGCGACACAGACUGACAGUGGGACAAGGUGGUCUCGUGGAUUCAACUUGCAGCCUUGACUCCGGGAUUUCGUCGGAGGAAAACAGUAAACAGGGUCUGUGCGCUAAACCGGGCUCCUGCGACGCCGAGGUAGACCUGCACGGCCAACCUGUGUGGAACAAGGAGUUUGCCAGUCCCUGUGCGAGUGCAACAGGCCAGGCGGAACAUCCAGGCUGGGGAGGGACGGUAGACGAUUCUCUGGUCGGCUUCAGCGACGGUUUUCGCUGCCAAUCGCAGGGGGAGUGGACGAACGGUAACGCGCUCAAAUCGGAGAGCGACGCCAGGCAGCCCGUCGCGACUUCGGCCAAUCCGGCUUCCAGCCCUUUGCCUGUGAAAGAGGAACCCCCGGAUUUCGAAACCGCUUGCAUUAAGUGGGAAGUGUGCGAUAACAGUAUUCGGGAGGACGGCGGUGGCGGCGGCACUCGCCCCAUGCCUCAAAGCGCUGCUGCUGCUUCAACGUGGCCCAGAGACGGAGCUCCCCCUGCUGACGAGAGCCGGAACUACAGCUUUGGUUUCCCCGUUCCGCCUAGAGCGAGGACGGUGCUGCCUGCACCCUGUCAAACAAAGAGAAUGUCAAACCGAGAGAAGCUGCAGCGUUACCGGGCCAGGAUCCGGGCGGACCCGGAGAAGUACCGCGCUUACCGCGAAACGGACCGCCGCAGGUACCAGAUGAGGAAGAAGUCCAUCAAAGACCUUCCUGAGCACAGCCAGCAGCUCAAGAGAGAGGCCUGGAGAGAGGCUGCCAGGCGACACCGCGCACGGAAGAAAUCCUGCCCUCUGAUUGGCCCCCACGGCAACCUUGCACUGAACACAGAGCUACUAUUGGACCCCACCGAAAUCCUCCAGAGCUGGGAUCCAACAGGAAACUAAGUCCCGUUGGGCUGAUGGGAGACUUUGCACCUGGGAAGAUUGAAAGUCGUGAAAUCUGGAGCCCCGUUUUGGCGGUUGCUAUGUGUCCAUAUUUAACAUAUGGCUGUGUAGGUCAGGUACCUCACUCUGGAGCACAAGGGCUGUGCCCAGACGGGGUUUGAACCUGCAACUCUCCGGUUACCAGGGUAACCGCCGUGCUCUUCCAUCACUCCGACGAAGCCUAAAUUACCGCUCUUCAGUAUCCAUUCACUGUAUGAUUUUACCUCCUAUGAAGUUUUUGUUUCUUUUUUUCUUUUUUUACUUGGGUCAUUUCUAUAUGAACCGAAAGAUAUACAGUACUGUGCGAAAGGCUUCGGCACGAGUAAAAAAGAAACUAAAAAAACAUAUCUAAAGCUAAGAUGCUUUAAAAAAAAAACAAUAAAAAAUGUGCUAUAACGGGCAGUGAACUAGAUCAAAUCAAUAUUUGUACACCUUUAAAACCCGCAUCAAUUCUCUUAGGUACGCUCUCCUGCAGUUUUAUGAGAAAAUGAGAUGGUAGGUUGUACCAAACCUAUUGGAGAGCUUGCCACAAUUCUUCUGCCGACUUUGACUGUCUCACUUGCUUCUGUCUCUCCAGGUAAUUCCGGGCAGCCUCAAUCAAGCUUUUAUCUGAAAAGUGGUCUAUUAUUGAAUAUGUUCUUUAUUUAACAAGAGGUAAAAAUGUCACUGUAACAUUUCAUUUUUUAGAAAAUCAAUGUUUUGAAAUUUUCAAAUGCUUUUUCCUACUGGCACAAGACCAAAUUGAUAUUAAAAACAAACCUUGGGUGCCUAACGCUUUUGUACAGUACUGUAUAUGACUGUACUGAAUCUGUUGUUUCUGUAAUGUGAUCCUUCGGUCAAAAAAUGUGAUACUUUGGUCAAAUUACAGAGACUGACAAGCCAACAACAUGUUAAGGCGUUGUUUAUUUCAUCACUGAUAAGAGGCGAAACUAAAAUGAUUGGCAGAGAUGACAUAAUGUGGAGAUGCCAUAAUGUGUGUUAUUUUCACAGCACUGGGGGAAGGCAAUGUGGGACUGUUCUUGGGGGAAGGCAAUGUGGGACUGUUCUUGGGGGAAGGCAAUGUUGGGCUGUUCUUGGGGGAAGGCAAUGUUGGGCUGUUCUUGGGGGAAGGCAAUGUUGGGCUGUUCUUGGGGGAAGGCAAUGUUGGGCUGUUCUUUGGGGAAGGCAAUGUUGGGCUGUUCUUUGGGGAAGGCAAUGUUGGGCUGUUCUUUGGGGAAGGCAAUGUUGGGCUGUUCUUGGGGGAAGGCAAUGUUGGGCUGUUCUUGGGGGAAGGCAAUGUUGGGCUGUUCUUGCGGGAAGGCAAUGUUGGGCUGUUCUUGGGGGAAGGCAAUGUUGGGCUGUUCUUGGGGGAAGGCAAUGUUGGGCUGUUUUUUUCUGGGUGUGCAGGUCUAGUGCUAUGGACUCCAGAGGCCAGGAUUCACAGUCCGGUGUAAAUUCAACUGAAAACGUCAUUCUGUAUUUCUCACUGCUGGCUCUAAAACUUGCUGAUUUUCUAACUUGAAAUCAUUUGAAGUGACAGGGACGGCUGUGAUGUGACGUGUUAUAGCCUGGUAGUGAUUUAUGGUUAUUGUAAUAAUUUGCAAUAAUUCAGUUUUUAUAUUAAAACUGCGCCUGGAAGAUG